AGAUAUUUCCACACAUGGCAACCCACCAUUACUAUCAAGCCACGAGCCUGCCACGCUCCUAUCUCCAGGAUUCAAUCUCAACCAUCCAGUUGUCACUUCAUCCAACGGUUCACCACCUCCCUCUACCACCUCAUAUAGACUUUUCCAUCUCAAUCUUUAUCCUCACCUCUUAAGCCACACGCCCUCCAUUUUCAACCUUGAAUUUUCCUCUCCUCUCCUCUCCACCAUGCUUCUCAAGGCUUCUUCUCUUUUGGGUUCUCAUGGGGAAGCUCUGGUUCCCUUGUUUUCCUCUGCAUCUCCUUCUCCCUCAUCUUCUUCCCCUCUUUCGUACUCGUUUUCUCCUCUGAAUUCUCCCAAUUCUCUCUUCUCGACUCUCCGUUACUCGUCAGCCAAGAAUGGAGGUGGUUUUUCUGUCUCGGCCUCAAAGGGUGCCAACAGUCGUCCUCUUACUGGCGUCGUAUUCGAGCCAUUUGAAGAGGUCAAGAAGGAGCUCGAUCUUGUCCCAGCUGGGGAUCAAGUCUCUCUUGCUCGACAGAAAUAUGCCGACGAGUGUGAGGCCGCUAUUAACGAGCAGAUCAAUGUGGAGUACAACGUUUCUUACGCUUACCAUGCCUUGUAUGCCUACUUCGAUAGAGAUAACGUUGCGCUCAAGGGUUUUGCCAAAUUCUUUAAGGAAUCUAGUGAAGAAGAAAGGGAACAUGCUGAGAAAUUGAUGGAAUAUCAGAACAAGCGUGGUGGAAAAGUAAAGUUGCAGUCUAUAUUGAUGCCUCAUUCUGAGUUUGAUCAUCCUGAAAAAGGAGAUGCUUUAUUUGCAAUGGAGCUUGCAUUAUCUCUGGAGAAGCUGACAAAUGAGAAGCUCCUCCACUUGCACAGCGUUGCUGACAGAAGCAAAGAUGUGCAGUUGACAGAUUUCAUUGAAAGUGAAUUUUUAACUGAGCAGGUGGAAGCCAUUAAGAAAAUAUCAGAAUAUGUUGCCCAACUGAGGAGGGUUGGCAAAGGACAUGGAGUUUGGCACUUCGAUCAGAUGUUACUCCAUGGAGAGGGAGCUGCUGCUUGAUUAUCUUCCAUUUUCCUUUCCAUUCCUACAUUGUGUUUUACUAGCUCUUUGUUCUAAUAUUGUGUCUGAAGACUUUUAGUACCUUGUGUUAGAUUUACAAGUGCAUAUGGAAUAAAUGAUAGUCUGAAUCUGAAUUAAAUCAA